AAAAAAAAAAAAAGUUCCUAUUCUGGUAGCAUCUUGCCGCUUGCACAUACCUAAGGUAUCGUCAACUACGAAACAACACAUCACCCUGUUUCCCUGUCAUGCCUCCGAGAACAGCCGCCGUCGAAAACUUCAUUUGUAGGUCAUGUCUAUCGACUUUACGAAAGCGAACGCCCGCAGCGCAAUGGGCUUUACGGCACACCUCGCAAGCUGCGCAACCCCGUCUAUCUCACGAACAAGAAGUCGAACGUCAGAAGACCCUCGAAGCUUUAGGCCUCUUAAAAAAAGAUACAAAUUCUGGAGUAUCAGUUCAUUACUUUGAACAGGAGAAGAAUGGGAGUUUGCGACGUCUACAAGAUGAGAAUGAAUUUGGCCAGUCGCUGAUGGACCCGGGCGAUCAAACUGAGGAUCGCUUAAAAGACUUGGAACAAGAGCUGGAACAAGCAACCCAAUUUACCAAAAUAGUCGAGGAGAUUUGGGGGAAGCAAGGGGCCGAGAAGUUGCGAAAACGAGUUGCGACGCAAGAUGAAUCUUCGCCUAAGCCUUCAUUACUAUUGCCUGAGGGGGACUGGUCCAGAUCGCAAGGUCGUGCGCAUAUCGUCGAGCUGAAUAAUAUGAUUAAAACCACUGGUAGGAAAUUCUUCGGGGGUCCUCUUAGUGCUAAACGAUUCAACACGGCAUGGAAAUAUUAUUCCGCAGCGCGCAUUGCUUUAUCUAAGAAGUGGGAAUCAGUUCAUGAGGACAUAUGGGACCUUCUGUGGCAGAUUCUUGCUGCGGAUCAUGCAAAUAAUCCUAACCGCAUGUCCCACGUCCAUAUUCUGGCCAAGGACAUGCAGAACGCUGGUUGGACCCUACGUCCUGACCAACAGCUACUCGCAAUCGAGGCCACUUUUAUAAGCGGUUUUAAGGAAGAGGCGAUCACAACUCAUAAAAAGCUAGUCACUACGCUUGGAAACAACCCCGAAACCUUUGUGGAAUUUUGGCAGCUUGGAUUACGAAUGUAUUGCCUGACGGGCGACAUAGCUCGAGCCGAGCGGGUUGCUAACACGUUACUUGAAUCUCCUUAUGCUAAGGAUCCUCGUUAUCUGUUACCAUUCAUCCGAAUGUGCGCCGAGAAUCCUACCACGGUAGAAAGGGGGUUUGAGAUGUAUCAACGACUGAGGUCCGCACUGGGCGACUCGAUUACCAUCGAGGACUACGACCAAAUUAUUUCAUACUUCCUUACUUCGAACGAAACAGAAUUUGCAUUCUAUAUAUUCGUCGAAAUGAUGACGUCUCGCACUGUCGAUCUGCGCGGAGCUCGCAGAGUGCCGCCUAGUAUCGCCAAUCCCUUUUUCUACGGCAAGUGGCUAAAGAGGUUAAUAGGAACAGGCGAUCUGCAAGGUGCCUAUAAUGUUGUACUGUAUAUGAAGUCCAAAGGAGUCAUGCCUCAUUCAAUUGUAGUGAAUGGUCUGAUUGGCGCAUGGUUGAGGUCCGGCACUGCUGAAAACAUACAAAAAGCCGAAGAGGUUGCCUGGGCUAUGAUUAAUACCCGGAUACAGUUUUUAGGCAUUAGGAAGGAUAUGGAAAGCCUCCCCACGUCUGUCAUGUUGAGACAGUACGGAGAAGGUUGGCCCAGAGCGACCCUGGAAACUUUCUCACUGCUGGCAGAAAAUUAUAAAGAUCGUGGCAUCCAUGCCAAGAUGAAAGACCUUUGGGACGCUUUUACGAGAUCAGAAAUUCCGCCCAAUUCGUUUAUAUUAAACCAGCUGCUCUUCUCUUACUUACAAGAUGGGCAGGGCAAAUUUGUCGCAGCUCUUUCCCGCGACUUGAUCAAGAAUUACCACAUCGAGCCAGAUUCGUGGACUUUUAUGGUUCUUUGGCAGGCAUUACCAGUCAACCGCUUGUUCAAGCUAUUGCCGGCGCAGAUCCUCGAAGAAAUACCCAGGACAAGGUCUCUUUUUGCCGAACUUGUUCAGUCAGCGCACAUUUUUGCUGCGGGUGGUAUUGAUACGAAGCUAGCUAGGUAUGUCCUACAUUCAUUUCGUAAACUGGACGACAAGGUUGGCCUCCUCCUAGCGUAUCGGGCGCUGAGGCAAAUAUUCAAAUUCACACCCCCGGACAUCAUCGUCUUGGAGCUACAGGUAGGAUCGAUGGAUAUCGAAAGGACUGGGAAGGGUAAAGGCGGCCUCCGACUGGUGCACGCCGGGAAGCAAGUCGAAACCUAUCUGAGGCGAAGACAUCAGGAACUGAUCGCGUCCGGGAAGCUUCGCGCGAGCGAGGGCUUGCCGGAUGAUGUGAGGAGGGAAGAAUUAAGCAACUUCCUCGACCAGUUUAUCCAGAACCAAGUCGUAGUAAUGGGAAACACGGAGAAAGACAUCACACAGGCUGCCAUAGAAAUGGGAUUACAAGGCGAGGAGGUGUCAAGUGACGAAGCAUCUUCGGAUGUUUAAUCUCGUAUAUCUUGUAUAACGGGACGUUUACCAGUCUAUAUACUACUCACGACCGCUGUAUGAUUAACGCCACCAACAUAUAUAUACCCCAUUUACCAUUUACUCUCAUGUUGUGGCUAUUAUUAACUACGCUUUUCUGAAGUGGUAGUUUCGUGGAAAUUUACUAGCAGUUUAUAACCAGGAAACCAUCGAGAAGUCAUAUUCUGUG